AUGUUUGUCAUUAUCUAUCUAUCUAUCUAUCUAUCUAUCUAUCUAUCUAUAUUGUCUUUCACAAGGAAGACGCAGGGGCGUCGGGAGACCGAAUUUGGCAAUCUCUCAUUGGACGCCGAUUAUAGCAGCCGGCUUUUAUUUUGUCAUUGCAUCUCUCAAUUUCUUUCCACCUCUUUCUCUUUCCACCUCUCUCUUUCCACUUCUCUCUUUCCGCCUCUCUCUCUCUUUCUCUCUCUCUCUCUCUUUGUACCUCCCACUUUCCACCCCUCUCGCUUUCUACGUCUAUCUUUCCACCUCUCUCUUUCUUUCUGUCUCUCUCUCUCUUUGUACCUCUCACUUUCCACCCCUCUCGCUUUCUACUUUCUUUCCACCUCUUUCUCUUUCCACCUCUAUCUUUCCACCUCUCUCUUUCUUUCUGUCUCUCUCUCUCUUUUUUCUUUCCACUUCUUUCUCUUUCCACCUCUAUCUUUCCACCUCUCUCUUUCUUUCUCUCUCUCUCUCUCUCUCUUUGUACCUCUCACUUUCCACCCCUCUCUCUUUCUACGUCUAUCUUUCCACCUCUCUGUGAUCGCUUUCUUUCCACCUCUUUCUCUUUCCACCUCUAUUUUUCCACCUCUCUCUUUCUUUCUCUCUCUCUCUCUCUCUUUGUACCUCUCACUUUCCACCUCUCUCUUUUCUACUUUCUUUCCACCUCUUUCUCUUUCCACCUCUAUCUUUCCACCUCUCUCUUUCUUUCUGUCUCUCUCUCUCUCUUAUUUCUUUCCACCUCUUUCUCUUUUUCCACCUCUAUCUUUCCACCUCUCUUUUCUUUCUGUCUCUCUCUCUUUUGUACCUCUCAUUUUCCACCACUCUCUCUUUCUACGUCUAUCUUUCCACCUCUCUGUGAUCGCUUUCUUUCCACCUCUUUCACUUUCCACCUCUAUCUUUCCACCUCUCUCUUUCUUUCUGUCUCUCUCUCUCUUUGUACCUCUCAUUUUCCACCCCUCUCUCUUUCUACGUCUAUAUUUCCACCUCUCUGUGAUCGCUUUCUUUCCACCUCUUUCUCUUUCCACCUCUAUCUUUUCUCUUUCUCUCUCUCUCUCUCUCCAUCUCUCUCUUUUUUCUUUCCACCUCUUUCUCGUUCCACCUCUAUUUUGCCACCUCUCUCUUUCCGCCUCUCUCUCUCUCUUAAUCUCUCUCUCUCAAUUUCUCUCCCUCUCUCUCUCUCUCUUUUUCCUUAUCUUUCCACCCCUCUCUUUCUGUCUAUCUUUUCCACCUUCUCUUUUCUUUCCACCUCUUUCUCUUUCCACCUCUAUCUUUCCACCUCUCUCUUUCUUUCUGUCUCUCUCUCUCUCUUAUUUCUUUCCACCUCUUUCACUUUCCACCUCUAUCUUUCUACCUCUCUCUUUCUUUCUGUCUCUCUCUCUCUUUGUACCUCUCAUUUUCCACCACUCUCUCUUUCUACGUCUAUCUUUCCAACUCUCUGUGAUCGCUUUCUUUCCACCUCUUUCUCUUUCCACCUCUAUCUUUCCACCUCUCUCUUUCUUUCUAUCUCUCUCUCUCUUUUUCUUUCUCAUUUUUUCCACCCUCUCUCUUUCUACGUCUAUAUUUCCACCUCCCUGUGAUCGCUUUCUUUCCACCUCUUUCUCGUUCCACCUCUAUUUUUCCACCUCUCUUUCUUUCUCUCUCUCUCUCUCUCUCUCUUUCUCUUCUCUUUCUUUUACCUCUCACUUUCCACCCCUCUCGCUUUCUACGUCUAUCUUUCCACCUCUCUGUGAUCGCUUUCUUUCCACCUCUUUCUCUUUCCACCUCUAUUUUCCACCUCUCUCUUUUCUUCUCUCUCUCUCUCUCUCUUUCCUCUCCAUUUUCCACCCCUCUCUCUUUCUACGUCUCUAUUUUCCACCUCUCUGUGAUCGCUUUCUUUCCACCUCUUUCCUUUCUCCACCUCUAUCUUUCACCUCUCUCUUUCUUUCUGUCUCUCUCUCUCUUUGUACCUCUCAUUUUCCACCACUCUCUCUUUCUACGUCUAUCUUUCCACCUCUCUGUGAUCGCUUUCUUUCCACCUCUUUUCACUUCCACCUCUUUUUUUCCACCUCUCUCUCUCUUUUUCUCUCUCUCUCUCUUUUUUCUUUCCACUCUUUUCUCAUCCACCUCUAUCUCUUUCCACCUCUCUCUUUUAAUCUGUCUCUCUCUCUCUUUCUCUCCUCUCUCUUUUCCACCCCUCUCCUUUCUACGUCUAUCUUUCCACCUCUCUGUGAUCGCUUUCUUUCCACCUCUCUUUCUCUUUCCACCUCUAUCUUUCCACCUCUCUCUCUUUCUUUCUGUCUCUCUCUCUCUCUUUUUUCUUUCCACCUCUUUCUCUUUCCACCUCUAUCUUUCCACCUUUCUCUUUCUUUCUGUCUCUCUCUCUCUUUGUUCUCAUUUUCCACCCUCUCUCUUUCUACGUCUAUCUUUCCACCUCUCUGUGAUCGCUUUCUUUCCACCUCUUUCUUUUCCACCUCUAUCUUUCCACCUCUCUUUUCUUUCUGUCUCUCUCUCUUUUGUACCUCUCAUUUUCCACCCUCUCUCUUUCGUCUAUCUUUUCCACCUCUCUGUGAUCGCUUUCUUUCCACCUCUUUCUUUUUCCACCUCUAUCUUUCCACCUCUCUUUUUCUUUCUGUCUCUCUCUCUCUUUUUGUACCUCUCAUUUUCCACCUCUCUCUUUCUACGUCUAUUCUUUCCAUUUUCUUUCCACCUCUUUCUCUUUCCACCUCUAUUUUUCCACCUCUCUCUUUCUUUCUGUCUCUCUCUCUCUUUGUACCUCUCUUUUCCACCCCUCUCUUUCUACGUCUAUCUUUUCCACCUCUCUGUGAUCGCUUUCUUUCCACUUCUUUCUCUUUCCACCUCUAUUCUUUCCACCUCACUCUUUCUUUCUGUCUCUCUCUCUCUCUCUUUUACCUCUCACUUUCCACCCCUCUCUUUUCUACGUCUAUCUUUCCACCUCUCUGUGAUCGCUUUCUUUCCACCUCUUUCUCUUUCCACCUCUCUCUUUUUUUCCACCUUCUCUUCCAUCUCUCCGCCUUCUCUCUGUCUCUCUCUCUCUUUUGUACCUCUCAUUUUCCACCCCUCUCUUUUCUAAUUUCUUUCCACCUCUUUCUCUUUCCACCUCUAUCUUUCCACCUCUCUCUUUCUUUCUGUCUCUCUCUCUCUCUUUGUAACUUUCUUUUUUCCACCCUCUCUCUUUUCCGUCUAUCUUUCCACCUCUCUGUGAUCGCUUUCUUUCCACCUCUUUCUCUUUCCACCUCUAUCUUUCCACCUCUCUUUUUUUCUAUCUCUCUCUCUCUCUUUUUUCUUUCCAUUUCUUCUUUUCCACCUCUUUUUCUUUUCUCAUUCCACCUCUAUUUUCUCUCACCUCUCUUUUUCUUUCUCUCUCUCUCUCUUUCCACCUGUGUUCGCAUGCUCUCACUCCGUUCAGCCUAUCCCUUUUUAUUUCUUUCCCAAGUCUUUCCACCUCUCUCUUUCUUUUUUCCAUCUCUCUCUCUCUCUUCUCUCACUUUCCAUCCCUCCGUUCAGCCUAUAAUGAUUUCGCGUUUCUUUCCACGUCCGUUCUCCUUAACCAUUUUCUUUCUUUCCACUUUCUCUCUUUCCACCUCUCUUUCUCUCUCUUUUUCUCCUCUCUCUCUUUCCAUUUUCCACUCUCGCUUUCUUUCUCUCUAUCUUUCCAUCUCUUCUUUCGCUUUUUUCCACCUCUUUCUUUCCACCUCUUUCCACUUCUCUCUUUCCACCUCUCUCUCUUUCUUUCUGUCUCUCUCUCUCUUUGUAACUUUCUUUUUUCCACCCCUCUCUCUCUUUCUAGUUUCUUUCCACCUCUUUCUCUUUCCACCUCUAUCUUUCCACCUUCUCUUUCUUUCUGUCUCUCUCUCUUUUGUACCUCUCAUUUUCCACCCCUCUCUCUUUCUACGUCUAUAUUUCCACCUCUCUGUGAUCGCUUUCUUUCCACCUCUUUCUCUUUCCACCUCUAUCUUUCCACCUCUCGCUUUCUUUCUGUCUCUCUCUCUCUUUGUACCUCUUAUUUUCCACACCUCUCUCUUUCUACGUCUAUCUUUCCACCUCUCUGUGAUCGCCUUUCCACCUCUCUCUUUCUUUCUGUCUCUCUCUCUCUCUUUGUACCUCUCAUUUUCCACCCCUCGCUCUUUCUUACGUCCUUUCUUUCCAUCUCUCUGUGAUCGCUUUCUUUCCACUUCUUUCUCUUUCCACCACUCUCUAUCCUCUCCUUUCUCUCUUUCUCUCUUCUCUCUCUCCAUCUCUCUCUUUCCUCUCUCUCUUCCACCCCUCUCGCUUUCUACGUCUAUCUUUCCACCUCUCUGUGAUCCUUUCUUUCCACCUCUUUCUCUUUUCCACUCUCCUUUCCACUCUCUCCCAUUUCUCUUCUUUCUUUCUGUCUCUCUCUCUCCGGUACCUCCUCAUUUUUCCACCCCUCUUCUCUUUCUACGUCUAUCUUUCCAUCUCUCUGUUUCCAUCUCUUUCUUUCCACCUCUUUCUUUUUGCCUCACCUCUCUUUUCCACUUCUCUCUUUCCGCCUCUCUCUCUCUCUCUCUCUCUCUUUCUUUCUCUCUCUCUCUCUUUUGUACCCUCACUUUCCAUAAUAUCGCUUUCACGUCUUCUCUUUCCACCUCUGUGAUCGCGUGCGUUUCUUUGCUUUCUUUCCACCUCUUUCUCUUUCCACCUCUAUCUUUCCACCUCUCUCUUUCUUUCUGUCUCUCUCUCUCUCUUUGUACCUCUCACUUUCCACCCCUCUCGCUUUCUACGUCUAUCUUUCCACCUCUCUGUGAUCGCUUACUUUCCACCUCUUUGUCUUUCCACCUCUAUCUUUCCACCUCUCUCUUUCUUUCUGUCUCUCUCUCUCUCUUUGUACCUCUCAUUUUCCACCCCUCUCUCUUUCUACGUCUAUCUUUCCACCUCUCUGUGAUCGCUUUCUUUCCACCUCUUUCUCUUUCCACCUCUAUCUUUCCACCUCUCCCUUUAUUUCUGUCUCUCUCUCUCUUUGUACCUCUCAUUUUCCACCCUCUCUCUUUCUACGUCUAUCUUUCCCACCUCUCUGUGAUCGCUUUCUUUCCACCGUUUUCUCUUUCCACCUCUAUCUUUCCACCUCUCUCUUUCUUUCUGUCUCUCUCUCUCUUUUUCUCCUCCUCUUUUCUUUCCACCUUUUUCUCUUUCCACCUCUCUCUUUCCACUUCUCUCUUUCCGCCUCUCUCUCUUUCUUUCUGUCUCUCUCUCUCUGUCUCCCUCUCAUUUUCCACCACUCUCUCUUUUCUUUCCGUCUCUCUUUCUUUCCAUCUCUCCCUUGAUCGCGUGCGCUUUCACCUGUUUCUUUCCACUCUUUUUUUUCCACCUCUCUCUCUUUUCCACUUCUCUCUUUCCGCCUCUAUCUCUCUCUUUCUCUCUCUCUCUCUUUGCUUUCUUUCCACCGCUUUCUUGCUUUCCACCUCUAUCUUUCCCACCUCUCUUUCUUUCUUUCUCUCUCUCUCUUUUUGUACCUCUCACAACCACCCCUCUCGCUUUCUACGUCUAUAUUUCCACCUCCCUGUGAUCGCUUUCUUUCCACCUCUUUCUCUUUCCACCUCUCUCUUUCCACUUCUCUCUUUCCGCCUCUCUCUCUUUCUUUCUGUCUCUCUCUCUCUUUGUACCUCUCAUUUUUUACCACUCUCUCUUUCUACGUCUAUCUUUCCACCUCUCUGUGAUCGCUUUCCUUCCAACUCUUUCUCUUUCCACCUCUAUUUUUCCACCUCUCUCUUUCUUUCUGUCUCUCUCUCUCUCUCUUUGUACCUCUCACUUUCCACCCCUCUCGCUUUCUACGUCUAUCUUUCCACCUCUCUUUUCUUUCCACCUCUUUCUCUUUUCACCUCUCUCUUUCCACUGAUCUCUUUCCCAUUCUCUCUCUCUCUCUCGCUAUCUCUCUUUGUACCUCUCACAUUCCACCCCUCUCUCUUUCUACGUCUAUCUUUCCACCUCUCUGUGAUCGCGGGCGUGCUUGCGUGUGAUAUCUAUCUAUCUGUCUGUCUGUCUAUCUAUCUAUGUAUCUAUCUAUGUACAUAG